AUGUCUACUGAGGCUAUGGACAUUGACGAAUCACCUAACAGUUCUAAAACUACUCAAAAGAAAGAAAAAGAGGGGAAAAGGAGGUUUGAAGUUAAGAAGUGGAACGCAGUCGCCUUAUGGGCUUGGGGUACGUUUCAUGCCGUCUUUGUGAAAGUGCUUACAACCGCAGAUAAAUCACCAAUUUGUGUCCUUGCUUCCUUCCUGUAUAUAGACAUCGUUGUAGAUAACUGCGCUAUUUGUCGAAAUCAUAUUAUGGAUCUAUGUAAGAACUAA